AUGACACUACAGAAGAACCAAAAAAACAAGCGGGAAAGAUCCGAGAAACGAUCAAAUUGUGCUCGAGACCGGUAUACGGGCUGGGCAACUGGAAGAGAGAAGCAAGAAAAUCAACGAGGUUUAGUGUGCGAUUUCGGGCAAGUCGUCACGCGACCGGACAAGGGAGAGCGGCCAGACAAGAGCACCACCGUGCAAGGCGGCGAGGGGUAG